AUGGCCGCGACAGACCCUUUUGUCCUGAACGCUGAUGGCACCGCCAAGGACCCGGUUGCCUUCCGGGAGGCGCUGAAGGCCGACCCCGCCAAGAUGGAGGCGCUGGAGAAGGAGCCGGACGUGGCGGCCAUCGUGCUGGGGGAGGACGUGAGCGCGUUCCAGGAGCUCAUCAAGAGCAUCUACCAGGCGCGAGGGAAGGGUUUCUGGGCAGCAGGCAUGGCGAGACGAGCGGCCGAGAAGAAGCGCCUCGAAAAGCACAACAAGGGGCUGGCGGAGCGCACGAUCGAUGCGCAGCGCGUGAGCGCCACCAUCCCACGGGAUACCGUGCAGCUGUACCAGCAGCUGCGGGAGAGCGGCCUGCAGUAUGGACCAGCAUUCAGACUGCUGCGCAAUGUGCAUGUGCCAGCGAUGGUCGACGAAGCUUAA